UAAUAAACACGAAACAUUAGUAAUUUGUAAUUGAUUCUCUAUUGCAUAAUCUUAACGCUCGACUCAUAAUUCAACUGUCUUAAUUUUUGGUUAAUUUUGACAUUUAUAGUAUAUACUGAAAAUAUUGUAUGUAAACAUAUAGCAAAGCGUAUAUGGUAGAAAUAUAGAUUUAAUAAAAUGAGACAAGUAGUAAAUAUCAGUGGAAAAAAUAUGAAUAAUUCUGGAUAAAGUAUUAACUUUAAGGCAGUGCGUACAAAGUAAAAUGUAUAUACAUUUGAGAUAUUAUUAUUAAACAUUGAUGUUAGUUUGAAUACAGUAUCUAUAUGUGCAUAUAUGUACAUAUAUAUAUAUAUAUAAGUACACAUAUUUGGAUCACACGAAUCCAAAAAUUGGGUGUUGAAAGUAAAUGCGCAAAUGUUUCUCUGAUUAUGUUUAUCAUAAGGAAAGAUUAAAGUGAUAGUAAGAGAUUAAUAAGAAAUGAUAAGAUGAUUAUCGUUCUAAGCAAUAACGUAGUCGACAUUCGUGAUGAUGUACGUUAAAGGAUGUUUAUGAAUCGGCUGAUUAUCGAACCAAUUCGCUUCGACCAUGAGUGCUAAACACAGCCCGAGAAAAAUAACACUGGCCAUGAUAAAAGGUAAACCUAUUGCAACUUCAGUUCCUGUAAUUCAUUACCAUGCUAGCGACGAUGAAUUGGAAGAAAUAUAUCCUAGCACAGACGAAGAGAAGCGAUUAACACCUGAAUGCGAAAAGAUCUCGUCCAAAGUAACUUCUACUCCAUCGAGAUGCAUUCACGAGUCGGAUAUUUCCGAAAACAACUCGGAAACCCGCUCUGUCAGUGCGGAAAAUAUUUUGCUAGAAGGUACGCCGCCAUCCCUGGAUCCAUGGAAAGUAUUCUCCGAUAUUAAAGGAAAAAUAACCAAGACGUUCGAGGAAAAACUGUCUGAAAUAAAAAGUGACAAACGGAAACGACGUCAUUCCAAAGCAGAAAGCUCAAGUGUUAGUGAUUUAGAGGAUCAAGGAUGUGUUACACCUAGCGAUGAAAAGGUGGAUGAUAUUCGUAAAAGAGGCAAUGCAGCCAGAUACGUAGGUUUUUCUGGAGUAAAAACUGGCUUAAAAGACAAAAGUUUACAGGAUGAGUGUGUUGAGAGUGGCAUUGAAGCUUCUGAAUUUCCACAAAAUGUCAGUGAAGAUGUUCCUUCCUCUUCAAUAAACGAUUCAUCAAAUUCAGAGCCACCUAGUAGUAACAAUAAUUAUAACAUUUUCCCACAACAGACCUAUACAAGCUCAGUAGCAUUCUCAAAGAAAAUAGAUUUCAAAACUGUGUUUUUACAAUUGAUUAAACAAUUAAUUUGCCAAGCAACAUAUAAAUCUAUUGCUGUUCUCAUUGCUAUUUCCUGCAUUUAUUAUGUUAUUCCAUUAGCAGAGUAUUUACUGGGAUUUAUGAUGGGUAUUUUUGUAACUGUUACCUUCUAUGACAUAGUAACAAAACUGAAGAAGAUUUUAACGACUUUGCCAGAUGAAGAAUGCCUUUCUAGUCAUCCAAUACAUGUUUUAGAGAUUCCAGCUGUAGAGGAACAUGCUGUGGUUGAAAGAUAUCAAGGUUGGUUAAAUGAAUUGCCUUAUAAUUAUGAACCGAAUAAUUAUCAUGUGGCACGCACAAAGUCUGUUUUCUUCAGAAUGGAGGGAAAUAUUUUGCGUAUUCUGGAAACCAGGAUGAAAGUUCCAAAGAAAGCUGUCUGGGAUGAGCCUAAACAUAAAUUAAAAUUUGUUAAAAAGAGAGCUUAUAAUUUAACUGGAGCAAAGAUAGAACUUCUUCCCCACGGGCUUGCCAGAAGAAGAAGAUGGAGUAAAAAAUAUCCGAUUUGUAUAGCCCUUGAAAAGGAAGCAUUAAUUUGUAAUGUAAUUUUGAAAAGUACAACCAAUGAUGAAUAUUCGAUAAAUAGUUAUCACAAAAUGGACCUAAAAGAAAAAGUCAAAUAUAAAUUUGAUAAGAAGUAUACAAAAAAAUUAGAUGGAGAAACACAAGAUGAGAAUGAAAUUUUGUUUGUCAAUAUGGAGAAUGAGGAACCAAUAGUAAAACAAGAAUUUUGUGAGUUUGCGGAAGUGGAAGAUACCGAUGAAGACGACGAUGACAAUAAAAAUUAUAAUUACGAUUCAGUUAGUGAUUAUCUUGACAACGAAUACGAAGAAUGUUUUGUAGAGAAUGAAGAAACAGAAAUUUAUAUGGAAGAGAAGUUGAAAAAGAAGGAUGAAGACUACAAGGAACAACAGAAAGAGGAGGAUAAAAUAAUAAGAGACUUGAAAAAGAGUUACACUAGUACUAAUAAAAAAAAAAAGAAACGAAGAAACAUAUCAAGCGAGAUAAAAACUUGUAAGAAAUCAAUCGUAAAAACAUGGAAUGAAAAAGAAGAAGAGUGGGAAGAGGAAAAGCAGAGCAGAAAAGAAGAACAACAGAAGAGCACACAAAGAAAGGAAAUGAGGCAGAAUGAGAUGAAAAAAGAUGAUGAAGAGGAGGAAGAGGAAGGGGAAGAGGAAGAGGAAGGGAAGAAAAUAACAAUAAAAGUAGGAGGAGAAAGAGAUAAUGAAAAGAAAGCAAAGAAUGGACAGAAAGAAGGACAAGAUUUAGAAAAAUCAGAAGAAGAAAAAGCACAGAUGGUAAUUGAUGACUAUGGUAGUUAUUAUCAUAAUAAAGUACACAAGAAAAGAAAUAAGAAAAAAGAGGAGGAAGAGGAGGAGGAGGAGGAGGAGGAGGAGGAGGAGGGAGAGGAAGAAGAGGAGGAGGAAGAUGAAGAGGAGGAAGAGGGGAGGGAGGGAAAGGGGGAUGAGGGAGGAGAACAUCAUAAUAAUGGUGAACGAAAAAAUAAAUUAAAAAUAUUUAUUUUUGCUAGAACUGAUCGUGAAAAAGAAGAUUGGUACAGACGUUUAAUUUUAGCUGCGUCUCGAUCCGUUAAAAAAAAUGAUUCAUUACUGUUUGCGAUUGAUACAUCGUCCAAUAUACCUAAUACUCAAUCAACGCAACAUAAAAUCAACGCAGAAUCAAAAAGCUCUCUUUCAGCUAGUAAUUCACACGAAACCGUACCUGAGCUUAAUUAUAACGCUUAUAUGGCAAAAUACCUGGAUAGUAGUUGUUCGCCGAUGUCAGAAGGUGCAAUUUCCACAUCUGUUGAAAACUCACUUUGGAUUAAUUGUCUAAUAGCUCGUAUACUUUUCGACGUACGCAAGUGCCCUGAAACUAUACAUCUUAUACAGGAUAAAAUACAACGCAAGUUAUCCAAUAUAAAACUACCAUAUUUUAUGGAGUGCCUUUUGGUUUCAGAGGUAGCAAUAGGUCAAGGAUCUCCUGUUAUUCACAAUGUAACAAAACCAGUAAUUAACGAAAGAGGUCUGUGGCUUAAUUUAGAUAUAACAUAUAAAGGAUCCUUGACUAUGACUGUUGAAACAAAAUUGAAUUUAAUGAAGUUGACAAGAACUGGAUCAGUUCCUGAUGAUACGAUUAUUUCAACAAAAAAAUCAAACGAAGUGAUAACUAGAUCACCAAUUUUCGAUAGUGAUGUAGAAGAUACGCCAGAAACGUCUACAGAAGACGAUUGUGAUAAUUCUAGAACGCAAUCGUACAAUAUGUCCAAAGAAACAACAUCUACGCAAUCAUCUGGAAGAAAAUUUCUUAGUAUGGUGGAUAAAAUAGCUGCAAAUAAAUAUUUUCAACAUGCCACCGAACUGUCCUAUGUUCGAAGGGCUAUGGAAGGUGUUUCGAAUACGGAGAUUCGGUUGAUGGUUACCGUUUCAAGUAUCGAAGGUUGUCUAUCAUUAAACAUUCCACCAGCACCGUCCGAUCGUUUAUGGUACGGUUUUAAGCCCGUACCGAAAGUGAGUCUUACCGUAAAACCCGCGGUUGGUGAGAGAACGGUUAAUAUCGUUUACAUAACAAAAUGGAUAGAAACUAAGUUACUCAGGGAAUUUGAAAAAUUGGUUGUUUUGCCAAAUAUGGACGAUCUCAUUUUACCAUUAUGUCCUAAUUAUCCUUAUACAACAAUACGGUAAUCGCAUAAUAAAUGAAAAAUUCUGAUUGUCGUAUCGUAUUGUACAUAAUCCAUUGAUAAAUGAACUAUCGUGUAGUAUACCCAUAUCUGAUUCAUAAUUGCAAUGUAUAUUCGACCAGCAAAUGACAAAUAUAUUAUCGUUGCAAAA